AGAGGCCGAGGCGCCAUUUUACCGAAGAGCCGCGACAGCACGCCAGGCAUGCAGAAAAUAGGUGCUUUUUAAAAGUGUGCGGUUCCCCCCUCCCCCCCUUUACUAACUGCACAUCUAUUGAUUUGUGUCCUUGGUGCGCGGUCUCAAGUAGUCAAAAAUGUCUUCAGAAGGAACAUCCGACCAGGCGGCGGAAUAUAUCCCCGAAAAGGUGAAAAAGGCAGAGAAGAAGUUGGAGGAAAACCCAUAUGACCUUGACGCUUGGAGCAUUCUGAUUCGAGAAGCACAGAAUCAACCUAUAGACAAAGCAAGGAAGACAUAUGAACGACUUGUCGCCCAGUUCCCAAGUUCUGGCAGAUUCUGGAAGCUGUACAUUGAAGCGGAGAUCAAGGCUAAAAACUAUGACAAAGUUGAAAAGCUGUUUCAAAGAUGCCUCAUGAAAGUGCUGCAUAUUGAUCUGUGGAAGUGCUACCUUUCGUACGUUCGAGAGACCAAAGGCAAACUGCCAAGCUAUAAAGAAAAGAUGGCUCAGGCGUAUGAUUUUGCCUUGGAUAAGAUUGGAAUGGAGAUCAUGUCAUAUCAGAUAUGGGUCGACUACAUCAAUUUCCUGAAAGGAGUUGAGGCGGUGGGCUCAUAUGCAGAGAACCAACGAAUCACGGCCGUGCGGAGGGUCUACCAGAGGGGCUGCGUCAACCCCAUGAUCAACAUUGAACAGCUGUGGAGGGAUUACAGCAAGUACGAGGAGGGUAUCAAUGUGCACCUGGCAAAGAAAAUGAUUGAGGACCGCAGCAGGGAUUAUAUGAAUGCCCGAAGAGUGGCUAAGGAGUAUGAAACUGUGAUGAAAGGCCUGGAUAGGAAUGCCCCCUCAGUCCCUCCUCAGAACACCCCUCAGGAGGCCCAGCAGGUGGAGAUGUGGAAGAAGUACAUCCAGUGGGAGAAAAGUAACCCCUUGCGCACUGAAGAUCAGACUCUCAUCACCAAGAGGGUAAUGUUUGCCUAUGAGCAGUGCCUCCUGGUCCUGGGCCACCACCCAGAUGUCUGGUAUGAAGCAGCGCAGUACUUGGAGCAGUCCAGCAAACUGCUGGCCGAGAAAGGGGACAUGAACAACGCCAAGCUGUUCAGCGAUGAGGCCGCCAACAUUUACGAGCGCGCCAUUGGCAACCUGCUGAAGAAGAACAUGCUGCUCUACUUUGCCUUUGCUGACUACGAGGAGAGCCGGAUGAAGCACGAGAAGGUGCACAGCAUAUACAACCGCCUGCUGGCCAUAGAAGACAUUGACCCCACACUGGUUUACAUUCAGUAUAUGAAGUUUGCAAGGAGAGCAGAAGGCAUCAAGUCAGGGAGGACAAUCUUCAAGAAGGCGCGAGAGGAUGCGCGGACGCGGCACCACGUGUAUGUGUCCGCUGCUCUCAUGGAGUAUUACUGCAGUAAGGACAAAUCGGUGGCCUUUAAGAUAUUUGAACUUGGCUUGAAGAAAUACGGAGAUGUACCAGAAUACAUUCUGGCAUACAUUGAUUACCUCUCCCACCUAAAUGAAGACAACAACACCAGAGUUCUGUUUGAGAGAGUUUUGACGUCUGGAAGCCUAUCUCCUGAGAAGUCCGGGGAAGUCUGGGCUCGGUUCCUGGCCUUCGAGAGCAACAUUGGCGAUCUAGCAAGUAUCCUAAAAGUAGAGAGGAGGCGCUUCACAGCUUUCAAAGAGGAGUAUGAGGGCAAGGAGACGGCUCUGCUGGUGGACAGAUACAAAUUCAUGGACCUCUACCCGUGUUCUGCCAGCGAGCUCAAAGCUCUGGGUUACAAGGAUGUGUCCCGUGCCAAACUGGCCUCUCUCAUUCCGGAAGCAGUGGUGACUCCCUCUGUACCCACUCUCAAAGAUGAAGCAGACCGGAAACCGGAGUACCCCAAACCUGACACUAAUCAGAUGAUUCCUUUCCAGCCCCGACAUCUGGCCCCUCCUGGAUUGCACCCUGUGCCCGGAGGGGUGUUUCCUGUGCCGCCUGCUGCUGUUGUCCUCAUGAAGCUGCUGCCUCCACCUGUCUGCUUUACGGGUCCUUUUGUUCAGGUGGAUGAGCUGAUGGAGACUUUCAGGAGAUGCACGCUUCCAGAGACGGUGGACGCUGCUGUGGAGAUGAUCACAGGGAGACAACCGGAGCUGUCCAGCGAGGGCAACGGCCCAGUGGAGAACAACACCAUCACCAACAAAGCCUUGAAGAGGCCCAAUGCUGACUCUGAUGAGGAGGAAGAGAAGGGUACAGCAGCGCCACCUGUGCACGACAUCUACAGGGCGCGACAGCAGAAGAGGAUACGGUGAGCUGAAGGGAGCUUAGUGCCCCCAGCCCCUCUCUCUGUGCCAUGGUGUGUCUCGAGGACUUUGGCCUCUACUGUCUCCUGAGGACUUCUGUAAAACGCAGAGGCUGUGUCUCAAACGUGUACAGACCCACUGAGAGAGAGGGACCACUGGCAGCACACAUCUCUUGUUGCCCGAGACAGGAGUCUCAUAGGUGAUGAUUACUUGACAAGGACAUUUGAUUCAGCCUCUAUACGCUGUUCUUUGCAUCAAGUCUUCGGUUUUUGUUUUCUUUUUUUAACCAUUUCUUUUUAAGAAUUUCGUGGCUUAUUCUGUAAAGUUUUUAAAUGAUACACCUUGGUUUGACAGAGCAAUGGAAGUCUACCAUGUGUAGUUCAAUUACUGGUGGCAAGAUUGUUCUUUCUCUGACAAAUAGAGUAAACUCAGUUCCUUCCAAUAAAAUGGGAAAAAAA